CCAUUACCGACCUCUCAACCUCUUCAAAUCCCCAUUUCUCUCUCUCUCUCUCGCCCAAACCCACGCCUCUCUCUCUCUCUAGCUCUCUUCCUUUUUGCUUUGAUUCUCUCUAUAUUUCUCAUAUUUCUUUCGAUCUCGAAGCUUUUUCUUUUGAUCUGAGAAGGAUUUGUGAGAUUUUUUGGUUGGGAAAACCUGAUUCAGAAUCACUAGAUGGCACAGAGAACGGAGAAGGAAGAGACGGAGUUCAAGGUUCACGAAACCAUAACCCUCUGCGUCAACAACUGCGGCGUCACCGGAAAUCCGGCGACCAACAACAUGUGCCAGAAGUGCUUUAACGCCUCCACCUCAUCGUCUUCUUCUUCUUCUUCAUCGACGACAGCAACGACGUCGUCUGUGUCUGCAUCGACCGUGAAUUUGAAGUUUUCAGCUGAGAAAAUCUCGAAUUCCAUCACCGCGUCUCGUUCAUCGGACAGAUCUGAUAGUUUUCCAGCUGAAUAUAGUCGUAAAACGAUGGCGGAUAGCUCCAGAUCAGACGAACCAGUUUCUGCUAAGCGCGUGGUAAAUCGAUGCUCCGGUUGCCGGAGAAAAGUCGGUUUGACGGGAUUCCGGUGUCGAUGCGGCGAGCUCUUCUGCGCCGAACAUCGGUACACGGACAGACACGAUUGCAGCUACGAUUACAAGACGGCUGGACGCGAAGCCAUCGCCAGAGAAAAUCCAGUCGUCAAAGCCGCUAAGAUCGUCAGGGUUUGAUCGAUACAUCGAUCGAUUUGUAGAAAAGAUAUAAUUAUCAUCAGAAAUUUCUCCAAAACAAAUUCGCGAAAGAAGAAGAAGAAGAACACAACAUCAACAACAACAAACAACAAAAACAAAACAUCUAUAAUGAUCGAUGAAUUUACGGGGAUCGCGAUUGGAUUUCCCGAUCUCCCUCUCGGAGAUUGAUUAGAGUCUUCUAGGGAGUUUUAAGUGAGAGAAACAUAGAGAGAGAAAAAAAAAAAAAAAGAAGAGUAAAAGAUUGUUAUCGAAGAUCACAAAUUCUCUCUGAUAAUUAUCUUUUUAUUUUAUUUUUAAAUUUUAAUUGUUUGUGUUGUUUGUCUCUUUCUUUCUUCAUUUCAUUUCUUUUCUUUCUUUUUUUUUUUCCUUUGCUUGAUUUGAAAUGAAUCUUUAUUUUCCA